GGAACUCCUCACUCCCUGAGAGCCGACUGCGGACCUCUCCUCUCCUCUCGUCUCGUCUCCUGGUCGGAUCUGCCCCUCCACACCACACUGAGCCGACGGUCACCAUGAGCUCAGUCCACAGCCAGUGCUGAUCCCUGCGCGCCUUCGCCAUCGGACAAAAGGCAAAAUAAUGCGUCAUGGAUUGGGGUCAACAGGCUGGAUGGAUGAAUCCUAAGAAAAUGGAAUUUCUGGCGUUUGUCAUGUUUUAUCUGCACUGGGUGAUUUUAGGUAAAACAAAUGAAGCCAUGGACCUUACGUUAAUAAACCCUGAUCCCAUUACCGCCAGCCUGAAUUCUUCCUUGAAGUGUGUGAACAGCGAACGCAGCAUCCCACAGCAACCAAAGAUUGAGCGCGAUUUGACUCUGCCAAGCCAGGCAUUUUCGGCUCCCAGCUACCAACACAACAACCAGUUUGUAUCGGAGAUUGCUUGGCACAACAGAAAUGACAGUUUUGGGGCUUUCUUUUGUGGUGAAAAAUACAAAAACUCUUUUAAUAAAGUCUACACUGUUAAAAUGCUGCAAACAGCAAACUUCUUGCCUGGCUCUUUGACAAUCACUCUGAACAAAGGUGACAACUUUACUUUGGUUUUUUUCCUGAAAAUGAAAGUCCAAGAAGAUGCCGUCAUCUACAGAAACGGAUCUUUUAUUCAUUCAGUUCCUAAAAAUGAUGUCCUGGACAAGUUGAUUUAUGGCCUGCAGACUGUUUCUCUGUGCGAUGCUGGGGUCUAUUCAGCCCGAUUCAUUGGACGAAAUGAAAACACUUCUGCUCUCAUCAGGCUGAUAGUAAGAAAUUGUCCUGCUGGAAAAUGGGGCCCUGACUGCACUCAAAUCUGCACAGACUGUAAAAAUGGAGGAAUGUGUCACGACGAGACGGGAGAAUGCAUAUGUCCGCCAGGAUUUAUGGGCGAUAUGUGUGAAAUAGCUUGUGGCAUGGGCAGAUAUGGCAAAACCUGCAAAGAAACCUGUGAAAAUGGAUCCUGCCGGUCUCUUGUUUUCUGUCUACGGGAUCCUUAUGGAUGUUCCUGUGCCACAGGAUGGAGUGGACUCGAGUGCAACCAGUCGUGCCCAGUUAAUUAUUAUGGAGCUGACUGUAAACUGAAAUGCCAAUGUAAGGAAGAGGAGAUAUGUGAUCGUUUUAAAGGAUGCCUCUGUGCUGGUGGGAAUGGAAUAAACUGUGGAAUACCAGACUUUCCAAAUGCAGUCCCAAAAAUUACUAGUUCACCGUUGCCAGUGGAGCUGAAUAUUGGAACAUCAGUCAUUCUCAACUGUUCUGCCACCAGCUACCCUCCACCUCUGCAUGGCGAAAUUGUGCUGUUAAAGCCAAACAAGAAAACACUUGAACCAGAAGAUACUAGAACAACGUGGUCUGAAUCCACGGCUAUUUUUAUUGUCAAGAAGCCCGAGCCCCAAGAUUCUGGAACCUGGACAUGCAGUGUGAAAACUGCUUUUGGAAAAGAUGAAAGUUCUUUUCACAUAAACAUCCGAGAACUUCCUAAACCCUCUGCUGUUAAGAUAAUUCCAGUCAGCAUGACAACUCUGAACAUCUCAUGGGAGCCUGUGGAUGGACUUCCAAAAGAGGAGACUACAUACAAGAUUGAAUAUUUUAAAAUGAAGGAUGGGCCUAAUGAUUCUGUAUCACUGAAGGAAGUCUGGAGUAACACAGCAUGUGAAAUUCCUGGAUUGGAGCCUAAACAGAAGUAUAGCUGCAAAGUCUGCGUCAAAUAUAAAUCUUCAUUACAAUGCAGUGAACCUGUGGCAGCAUGGACAUUCAGCAAUGUCAUCCCACCUCCUCCUUACAAUAUGAGAAGCAGCAAUGUGACAGACUCUUCUGCUGUUGUUUCCUGGUGCCUAGAGGAGGGAAACUCCAUCUCUGCUGUAGUUAUCCGCUUUAAUGGUACCAGAACUGAGGACUACAGCCAGCAGAUUACCAUAAAUGUCUGGGAAAAUUCCAUCUCACAGUUUCAGUUGAAUGGACUGAAGUCCGGGAAGACCUACAGGGUGGAGAUGUGGGCAAAAAACAACAUGGGAGAAAGCAUGGGUAACCCACAUGUGGAGCUAACAACAGGAAAACAAAGGGAUCACUCUAGAUUUCCUUUUCACGGUGACAGUAACAUGCUGCUCAUUGCAAUCCUGGGCUCAGCAGCAAUGACAUGUGUUACCAUUCUGUUGGCUUUCUGCAUUGUGCUGCAGCUCAAGAGGGCCACCUUCCAGAACAGAAUGGUCCAAGCGUUCCAGAAUGGAAUGAGAGAAGAGCCGGUGGUUCAGUUUAAUUCUGGGACCCUCACAAUGUCAAAUAAAAAUAAGUCUAGGCCAAAGCCAUUAGUCUAUCCCGUCCUGGAAUGGAAUGAUAUUAAAUUUCAAGAUGUGAUUGGGGAAGGAAAUUUCGGUCAAGUCUUAAAGGCCCGCAUUAAAAAAGAUGGACUCCGAAUGGAUGCUGCUAUUAAAAGAAUGAAAGAAUACGCCUCUAAAGAUGACCACAGAGACUUUGCGGGUGAACUCGAAGUCCUAUGCAAACUUGGAAGUCAUCCCAACAUCAUUAAUUUGCUGGGAGCCUGUGAGCACAAAGGAUACCUAUACUUAGCAAUUGAAUAUGCUCCACAUGGAAACCUGUUGGAUUUUCUGCGGAAGAGCAGAGUGCUGGAGACGGACCCCGCCUUUGCCAUCGCAAACAGCACAGCCUCCACCUUGUCAUCUCAGCAGCUUCUGCAGUUUGCUGCUGAUGUGGCUAGAGGCAUGGACUACCUCAGUCAGAAACAGUUUAUUCACAGAGAUUUAGCUGCCAGAAACAUUCUUGUAGGCGAAAACUUUGUUGCAAAGAUUGCUGACUUUGGAUUAUCCAGAGGACAAGAAGUGUAUGUGAAGAAAACAAUGGGACGGCUGCCAGUUCGAUGGAUGGCGAUCGAGUCUUUGAAUUACAGUGUCUACACGACUAAUAGUGAUGUUUGGUCCUUUGGUAUACUUCUAUGGGAGAUUGUAAGCUUAGGUGGCACACCUUACUGUGGGAUGACCUGCGCUGAACUGUAUGAGAAGCUGCCUCAAGGAUACCGACUGGAGAAACCCCUCAAUUGUGACGAUGAGGUGUUUGACUUGAUGAGGCAGUGCUGGCGUGAGAAGCCGUAUGAACGACCAUCAUUUGCACAGAUCCUGUUAUCACUGAACAGAAUGCUAGAAGAGAGAAAGACCUAUGUCAACACAACACUGUACGAGAAGUUUACGUAUGCUGGCAUUGACUGUUCAGCUGAAGAGGCCGGCUAAAUCAAAAAAGACACAACUAAAGUGGUGUUGUAAGUGAUCCGUGGGACACUUCCAGAAGAAGGCAACAUCUUUGUUGGACUACAGAAAAAAAACAAGGUAAUAUAAUUGGAAUGUCGCAUAAGGAUUAAAAGACUAAAUCAGCUACGUCAGUUACCGUGUGUUUUGGAAGACCAAUCUGCCAUGGACAGAUAUUUUCAUGUUGCAAGUGUACAUGCUCAAAAAGGCUUACGUGAAAUGAAAGUUUUUGUAAAAUAAUCCAAAAAAAUCAAUCAAAUUGAACUUACUGUACCUGGAUUUUUAAGCCAAUUUUCCCUGCAAGUCUGUGAAUGCUGAAUGUGUAUUAUAUAACUGCUGGGCUAUGGCGUCUUCUCACUUCCUCUCCAACAAACGCCCUUUGGUACCUCAAUCUACUUUCGUACAUCCUGAGAUAACUACAGUAAUAUUUGUGACUUUUUGAUCUCGACCUGCUCUUACAUUUGCAGUUCAUUGGGUACAAGGAGCCCCAAACAGUGGCAUAUUGUGACUCCUGCAAGACACUUCUAAUAGUUUGUUUUUUUGUGAUGGUGCCAACUGUGAAAUAAUCUGCAUACAAAAUCAAUGUUUUGCUGCAAGUGGUCAAGCAAGAUUGGCCCAAAGAGAGUGGCAACCGAGGUGACACUCAGGACUCGAGUGGUGAGGCUUUCUCUUUACAUUUAUGAAGCAAUACAACAUGCAGAAGAUGAUGUUCUAACUGAAACUUAGGCUGUUUUGUUAAGCAAAUAAUCUGAAUAUAUUUUUUAUAAAAGUAAGUACUGUUUAUAAAAAUAUCCAACCUUUUGUUGACAGGAUUUUAUUUUCUCUUGCAGUGAUGGCUGGCUUUGUUUAUCCACUGCUGCUUCAUGUAACACCAUAGGACUGCUUAGCUGUGUUGCAAGUAAAUUAAAAAAUAUAUAUAUAUAUAUAUAUAUAUCUGCUUGUAUAUCCAUAUGGCGUACCUAGAAAUUAAGUGGAGAAAUGUUUAUUACUGACAAUUGAAGAACUCUGUGCAUUUUGUGUUACGCUGUACAAAUGUUAAUAUGUUUAUUUUUCAAACAGUAAGCACAUUAAU